AUGCAAUCAAGAAACACCAACAAUGUGAAGGGAAUCUAUCUUCUGGUUGAUGAAUAUGAUGCUUUCAGCAAUGAAUACUUGGAUCUGAAUGAUGGUAGUACCUGGAAUGAAUCCCAAUCAUUGUUAAAAGGUUUCUGGGCACAGGCGAAAGCAUGCAUGACAACAAAUGAGAUCAGUAGGUGUUUCAUCACUGGUGUUUCUCCACUUUUGAUGGCUGAUUUUACAGUGGUUUCAAUAUCAUCACCAAUAUGUGCUCAAGGCCCUGUGGGUACCAAUGAUGUGUGGAUCAGAGGAAACCAAGGUCAAAGACAUUUCAAAAUCAUGAAAAAGCAGUUUGGCAACUACCGUUUCUUUCAAUAUGGUGAUGUUCUGUCUGUUUUCAAUACCAACACAUGUCUCAAGUAUCUUCAAUGUAUACAUGAACGAGAAAUUCCACCAGAUCAUCCUUCCAAUUCAGAAUCUUUCAAACUUGAUAAAGAUAUCACCAGAAGUAGAUCAGCAUGGUUGAGCUUUGUGCUUCAUGUUGGAACUGUUCUUGACCAUUACAAGCUCAAUGUUGAUGAUGUUGUGAAAGCUCUGCAGCAGGUUGUAUCAACUGGUGAUAUCUUAGUUCUCUUGGGUUACUACAGACAUUUGGUGAGUGAGCAUGAUGUUGGUGAUGAUGACCUUACAAGCAAGUCUGAGGAAAACCAUUGA